GGUAAAAUCUGAAAGACUAGCGAGCAAACAUACCCUUUACCUACUUUGCCUUUGCUCUUCCCAGCAGAUUUCUCCUACUGCUUUCUUUUCAUCUCCUCGCCUUUCGUCCACUUCUCAUCUCCCUGAUCCCCAUGAUUUCAACUCCAGCCGACGACAUGGACUUUAGCAGGCGCUUCACUGAGCUUACCGGGCUCAAUAUUACCAACAUCAUUCACAGUGUUGUUGAAGCUGUUGCGGAUCGAUCCUCUUACACCCUUGAAGAGAGUCGCCAUGCUCCCAGGAAGCAAAGUGCUCAUCCUCCUCCUGCCGGACAGAUUCAGAAAUCUGGCGACAUCAAAACAAAUCUUCACUGUUCUUCUUCUUCCCCCCCUCUUCUUUUCCCUUCUCCUCCACCUUCCCCAACUCCUUCUCUUUACAACAUCUCUUCCAACUCAUCCCGCUUUCACUCACCCACCCUUUCGAAAGCUCCCAUGAUGGCCACUGCCGUUGUUGCUGACGUCGAUGACACGGCUGGCUUUAUGGCUGCUGCCCGCUCGUUGAAGCUGGAGCAGUCUUAUGGCAAGCCUCCCAGCCCCGAGCCUGCUGAGAACGAGUCGGUCAACAACGAUACCACUGAAUUCGAGGCAGCUACCAACACUGUCGAUGCCUUUGAUGAUCUCAUUGACCUUCCUGUCGACAACACCUCUCCUGCCGAGAACAACACUUUUGUCGAGAGCACUACUCCUGUGGAACCAGCUCCCGCUGUCGAGAAUGGCUUCUUGGAGUCAAACGCCACUGACUGGAUUGCUCCCACUGCCGUCGAAUCUGGCGCCCACGCUCCUGAAACCGGCAAGAGCCAGCCCGUGCAGGAGGACCGCGAGAACCUGUCUGUUUUCAAGACCUGGGGUAUCCCUGCCGUCCGUGACAAGCCAGCUGCUCAGGUUAGACGCGUUAUUAUCAAGGGGCUUCCCGCUUCGUGGAGCACCCCCGACAAGGUCCUAUCCUUGAUUCACGGCGGAGUGAUUGAGAGCGUGUCCAUAGCCCCAUCUGGUAAUGCCCAUGUCCUGUUCUGCGACCCUGCCGCGUGCAAAGCUUUCUAUGACAAAUAUCCCAACGGAAUCGACCUUGACAAAGAGCGCAAGUUCACUGUCUUUGUGGACCUGGGCGAAGAGGUGGAUAUCAUCAGUUCCCAGCUGUCAUUCAACUUGUCUCUCGGCUCGACUCGCAUCGUCCGUGCUAUCGGCGUUGACAUGGAGACUACCAUGAAUGAGCUUGUCAAGAUUGCCACCUCGAACCAUAGAAAGGUAGAGAAGAUCGUUGACUCAUAUGUCCCUGACUAUCCUCGCGCCGUGAACUUUCGUUUCUGCUCUAUUGAGGACGCUGUUCGCUUUCGUGCAGCGCUAAUCCGCAACGAAGAUUGGGAGCACUGCAAUGUGCAGUAUGCCACUGAUCCCUGCGAGCUUGCAACUGGAUACCAUGCGGACUGAGCCAACCCAACUCUCUCGCAACAAUUCUCAUGGUAGAGGGCUGACAAUCCCAGUGGCGCUCAAUGUGUCUUGGGAGACAUGGAGAAAACUUUGAUGGAGGUAGAACAAAAUGGGUUUAGAGAUCUAGACUUCAUAUGGUAGUGGUAUGUUGACAUAGCCAAGGUGUAUUUUCAUGACAGAAUGAAGUUCUUCCUACUCCCGUUCGGCCUCUU